CGGUUAUUAAUUUAUGUUUGCUUUUUUAUAAGUGAUACAAAAUGGCUCAUUCAACAAAGGCAGCACCUAUGACCAGAGAUCAGACGAUGAUUUUAGUGCAGCUUGUGGCUGCUAGUAAAAUUAUUAAUUGUAAGGCAACCAAUGCGACAAACAAUAAACUCAAGGAGCAAGCGUGGCAAGAUUUGACAAAUCAGUACAAUUCUUCAGUCACAAGUUUUCCACGAACUCCUUCGCAGUUGCGUUUGAAGUGGGAAAAUCUCAAGAAAUCGGCUCGCAAACGCUGCGCAACUAUGAAAAGUAGCUGUAAUAAGACUGGAGGUGGCAAGGAUUAUUUUCCACCAGAUGAAGUCUUAGACAAAGUAGCUUCACUUUUGGGCAAUACAUGUCAAGGUUUCUCUGUGGAGUUUGGUGGAGAUGCUACCAAUACCAAUAAUUUAAAUUUAUCUUUGGUCGAAGAAGAUGUUGAUGUUGUUCUACCUUUAAAUAAUGAUGGUGAUGGUGUUUGUGGUGGUGGUGUGACUCAGGAGGAGGUGCUUAAAGAAACACAGAUUCUUGAGACAUCUCCCCCAAAAAUCAAAAACUUUUUUUUAAAUAGGGCUAGUGGAAGUGGUUCUGUAGCAAAGCGAAAACUCAAACUAGAAGAAGAAAAAUGUAAGGCACGCAUUAAUAGAGAUAAUGCUUUAGCUGAAUAUCUAAUAGUUAAAAAGAAAAAAGUUGAAUUAGAACUAGAGGAAAAAGAAAUCGUAAUUGCUAAGCUUAAGGUGGAGUUAGAGAACGCAAAAAUAGAAAAUUUAAAA